CAGUGUCCGCGGGACUACUUCUGCGCCCUGACCACCUGCCGACCCCUGGGCCUGUUCGACGCGCCCUGCCGCGACGACCUCGAGUGUGUCUCCCAGAGGUGCGGCCCCACCAACAGGUGUGUGCAAUGUCGACGGACCGUCGAGUGCAACUUGGGUCAGUUCUGCACGGUGGAGGGUGCGUGCCGGGAUCUGUUCUCGCUCCAGACCUCGUGUACGGCCAACGAGCAGUGCCGCUCGGGCUUCUGCAGCGCGGCGCGGAUCUGUGUACAGUGUCUGCUGACCAGUCAGUGUCUGGCCGGCCAGAUAUGUGACGCGGGCCUCUGUAGGACGGUGACAUAA